AUGUCAACAAUCGGUUAUAUUGGAGCUUCCCUGUGCCUUGUAGGAGUUCUCUCAUCCCUAUUCUCAAUCUCUCACAUCGUUUCUGACAUCAAUUCUCUUCGUUCCGAAGUUGAAGGUCGUGUCGAUGAGUUUAAGGUUCUUGCCGAUGACACGUGGCAACGUCUUCUGAUCCUCCAAUCUCCAACUGGGGAAACCGAGAAUGUGAUGCCCUCGAUCUUCCGUUCCAAGAGAUUCGUCUACCCAGGAAUGUGCAACUGCGACAGCAACUCUCAAGGAUGUCCAGCAGGACCACCAGGACCACCAGGACUUCCAGGAAAGCGUGGAGACGAAGGACAGCCAGGAGACCUCGGAAGAACUGGAGCCACUGGAAUCUCUCUCGCUGCCGUGCACCAUAUUCCAGGAGGAUGUAUCCAAUGCCCAGCCGGACCAGCCGGACCACCAGGACCACAAGGACCAGUUGGAAAUCAAGGGUUCCCAGGAGUGGUCGGACCAUGUGGACCAUCUGGAGACGAUGGACAGCCAGGACCACAAGGAGUUCAGGGAGAUAAGGGAGCGCAAGGACCAAAAGGCUUCGAUGGAGCUGAUGGACCAGAUGGUAUGCCAGGAACCGCUUACUUCCCAGGAGCACAAGGACAGCCAGGAGAGCCAGGAUGGUUGGGACACCCGGGACUUCCAGGAAAGCAUGGAGAGCCAGGACAGGAUGGAGAGGAAGGACCAAAGGGAGCACCAGGAACACCGGGAGCCAAUGGAAGAGAUGCCUAUCCAGGACAACCAGGAAAGGCUGGAGAGCCAGGAAGUGUUGGAAAGGACGCCAACUACUGUCCAUGCCCAGCCCGCCGCGAUUCCAAGACCGAAUCCGUCCACGAGCCACCAGCAGCCUCCCAAAAUGGAGGAUACAGAAAGGCCAAGAGACACUAA